AUGGCUCCGCAGCAGAAAGCGGAGGCCGCCCCGCCGCAGGGGCUGCCUUCUACCCCGCGCUUCUUCACGUGGGACGAAAUUGGGCUCCGCACGAAGCAGGAGGAUCCGAACCGCGAGAUGUGGCUAGUGAUCGACAGGAAAGUCUAUGACAUCAGCAGCUUCCACCGGCGGCACCCGGGAGGCUCCCGGAUUUUGAACAGCCACGUAGGGGAGGAGGUCACGGAUGCCUUUGCAGCAUUCCACGUCAACAAGCCAUUGGUGAAGAAAUUUUUGAAUUCGCUGCUGAUUGGGGAAUUGGCACCGGAUCAGCCCAGUUUUGAGCCCAGCAAAAAUGAAUUGCUUAUCAAGGACUUCCGUGCGCUGUGUACUACUGUCGAGAAAAUGGGACUCAUGAAACCUAAUACUUCUUUCUUCUUGGCACUCCUUUUUCACAUCUUGGUGCUGGACGCUGCAGCUGGACUCACCCUCUUUUAUUUUGGAACAUCUUUAUUACCGUUCAUUGCUUCUUUGGUGCUUCUUACCAUAGCACAGGUUCAGGCUUCAUGGCUCCAGCAUGAUUUGGGGCAUCUUUCUGUCUUCCAGAAGACAAAAUGGAACCGCCUGCUUCACAGAUUUGUGAUGUGCCAUCUUAUUGGAGCAUCAGCCAGCUGGUGGAAUCUCUUGCACUCUCAACAUCAUGCAAAGCCCAAUUGCUUCUCCAAGGAUCCAGAUGUUGACAUUCACCCUUUCUUGUUUACUUUGGGAAAGUCUCUGUCUGUGGAGCUCGGCACAAAGAAGAUAAAGUACAUGCCUUAUAACUAUCAGCACAAGUACUUCUCCUUCACUAUGCCACCACUGCUGUUUCCAGUCUUCUUCCACUAUCACACCUUCUAUGUUGCUUUCAAGAAGAAGUUCUGGGUGGAUUUGGCCUGGCAGGCAUCUCACUUCAUCCGGUUGUUACUUGUGUAUGGGUCCCUACUGGGAAUAAAGAGUUUUCUACUAUAUUAUUUCUCAUUCAGGAUGAUGGAAAGCUCAUGGUUUGUCUGGGUAUCCCAGAUGAAUCAUAUACCUAUGAAUAUAGAUUACGAUAAGAACUUAGACUGGGUCUCCACUCAGCUCCAGGCAACAUGUAAUGUUGAGCAGUCCUUGUUCAAUGACUGGUUCACUGGGCACUUGAAUUUCCAGAUUGAACACCAUCUUUUCCCCAGGAUGCCACGACACAAUUUCUGGAAGGUGUCCCCGCUGGUGAAGUCACUGUGUGCCAAACAUGGUAUUGACUACAAAUGCAAGUCUCUGCUGACAGCCUUCGCAGAUAUUCUACACUCAUUGAAAGAUUCAGGAGAACUAUGGUUGGAUGCCUACCUGCAUAAAUAA